AUGGUGAGAAGGAAUGCAACGGCGAAGAAACAGAUAACCAAACUUGUCGUCCAGGGCGAUUUGGUAAAAACUGCGAGCAGCGCUGCGAAUGUUACAACGGCGCUUCGUGCGAUCGGAUCACUGGCCGAUGUACCUGUGCGCCUGGAUAUCUUGGUGCAACUUGUCAACAGGAGCAACUUGGUCUGUUACGUUGUUAACUUAAAUCGAAUCAUUUAUCUACCGGCAGAUCAACGCUUCAGCAUUGUUGCCCUGAAGUCAACCCUCAUCCUCGGAGCAUCAGUGGCACUAGCAGUUUUGGAAAGGAAUGAAAGGGCUGGCAGACUGUUCAUGACAGCAUCGACUCCUUGA